GUCUCUAGUUAGCGGUUGGUUGGUUGGAUGGAUGGAUGGAGGAAAGCCUUCGCAUCGGCGGUCGCUGCAGCAGCUGCCGCGCGGUAGUUCUGACAGGCAACACCCCAAAGGCUCAAACUGCAGCCCUGCUCGGAUGGACCCAGAUGUAAACCCUCAGGAUGAAAAGCAGCACCGGAAAAGUACAAGAAGAUCCUCGCAAGUCCCACCAGGAGAUGAAUCUGAAGGCCCACCUGCUUCUUUUAAGCCCCUGUGUCCUGCCAAACCCUCCCCCAGUUUCCUAGAGAUUCCGGCUACUCAGUGGAGGCCUAGCCCGAGCCUUCCAUAUACUCAGACGGCUAGGGGAGGGAAAGGAAAGAGACAUUUCUCACCUGAACAUCAGCCCCAGGAGUGCUUUGGCCUCUUUGAGUGCAUCCACAACAAUAUCCAGGUGCAAACGCAGAUUGCACAGGCACAACUGUCACUCCUGGAGGACAUGCGAGAGACCAUGAAUGUCCUCCUCUCCCGGCAGGAGCGGCAAAGCCACGAGUCCGCAGGGCAGUCAGAGCAGCGCGCCCAGAAGGGGUCAGUCUCCUCGCCCCGUCCCCUCAGCUAACAGCAUGCACCAGUGACCUCCUUCCAACCCAAAAGCCCUCGCCAUCUGCCCAGAGCAACUGUGACUCCAUAGCACAUUCCGUGACAACGCACGUUCUUUGUAUAUUACUUAACGCUGCAGAAUUGGGAUCACUCUACCAGCCAGGAAUGCUUUGGGAUG